AUGUCUACGGAUUUUAUGAAUAUUGAUGGCAAUAUAAAAAGGGUACAGAAGGAAACCCUGACACCAUACAAAAUAGCAACUGUUAUUUUGAUUAAAGAAUAUUGUAAUGAAACAACAAAAGCAAUUGUUGAAAGACGUGAUUUUUGUUUAGCUGCAUUAAAAUUGAUUCAAUCACCUGACAUGGAAUUCAAUGAACUCUUGAAUAUACUAUAUUCCCCUAAAUAUAUUUUACAUCGCUUUGCUCAUCAAUUAGAAGUACAGUUGAAUGUAUUAAGAGGAAAAGGAGUUGAAGGAUUAUUAGAUUUAUUUGAUAGUGUUGGACGUCUUAUGAAACCAAUAACUUUAGAUCACUCUCUUUCCUUACCUGCAUUAAAUAAGAAUUCUGUUCUUGGAUUAUACAUAAGAAGAGUUAUAAUUUUUUUUGAAAAACUGCCUUUUGAUCAAGUUGUAGCACUUUAUGAAGCUUUGAAAAGAUAUCUUGAUAGAAGAACUAAUGCUUCUGAAGGUUCUGACAUUUCUACAGGUUCUAAAACAGAGGAUUCAUAUUCAAAUGAUACAACUAAAGCAACAUGGGGUGGAAGACAAGCUGAAUUACUUGUUGCACAGCAAGCACAUGCACUACAAACAGAUGAACAUAAAGCAAUGUCCCCUGCAGAGCUGCAAGUUCUUGUACGAGAACUUUUAAGUUGUAGUCCUUAUUACGCUGAAGCUCAUUAUUUAAGUUAUUUAAACUGCCUAAGAGUCAAUGAAUACUGUGGAGCUAUAGACAGUCUUUAUCACUGCUUUGAUAGGUUGGCACCUUUGGAAAACCGUUCUGCACCUGAAGAUAGAUCUCGAAUUUUCAGAUAUGCAGCUUUAAAUUUAGCAGUUUUACAUGCUCAAUUUAAUCAUAAACAAGUAGCACAAGCUGCUUUAAAAGAAGCGAUUAUGAUGGCUCAAGAAGCUGGAGACAAUGUGUGCUUACAAUUAGCACAUGCUUGGAUGUAUCAUUUAACUACUAAACAAAAGGGUCCUCUUAUAGAAAGAUCUGUUGGCAAAGCAAGUAUGUUAGGAAUAACUCAUACAACUGGUUUAGGUCUUAUUGCAUAUGCUCAUAAUUCUGCUUUAGAAGCUAAAAGUCCAUCGCAAGUAUUCGAGACUCUGAUGAAAUCUGAUGUUUUAAAUUGUCAACAUUCCAUGAUAGACCUAAUGUCAAUGACGUAUGCGGAAAAGUCUGCAUUAUGGGCGUAUUAUGGCAAAACUGAAAUGUCUUCAGUUUGUGCACAAUUGUUGCUUUUGCACAAUACAGGGGAUAAAAAACAGCAUAUGUUCAAUGGACCAUCUACUUGUCAAGCUGUCGUUAAUAUUGCAAAUAUUUUAGUAGAAUUUGGAGAAUAUUCUUUAGUUGAUGUUGUACUUGGUCAUGCUAAGGAAAGAUUUCCUAAUGAACCCUGCAAUAAGAUAUGGAUGUUAAGUGAGCAACUUUAUAUGUUCACACAAUUAAUGAGACAAGAAAAAUGGGGUGAAGCGGAAGCAAUAGCACUGAAUAUUUCAAGCUUAGACUCUUUAGAAUGUAAAUUUAGGUUAGCAGAAGUUUGUUUAGAAAAAGGAGAUUAUCCAAAAGGUUUAGAAUGUAUUAAUAAUAUUGAGAAAGAUAAACAAAUAACACCUCAAAAUAAAAUACGAGCUAUGAUUCUUUCGAGCCAAUUAAUGUGUGCAUCAGUUUCAUCAGAGAGUGGAAUUGCAGGAGUUAAUUCGUUGGUACUUCUUAAUACAGCUCUAGAACUGGCUGUGAAAAAUCAUUUAUCUUAUUAUGAAGCAUCAAUUAAAAUGCAUCUUGGAAACAUUCAGCUAAUAAUGGGUAUGCCAACUUUAGCAUUACACUUAGUAGAAGAAGUAAUUACCCAAAUUUUAGCACAUGGAGGACACUACGAUCAGGGUAGAGCGUUCGUUUUGUAUGCGAAAUGUUUGGCUGCCACUGCCCCAACAUGUGACAAAGCACGAAAGGAAGUAAUUUUAAAAGCUAUUAAAGCGCUUUCUAAAGCGAGAAAUUAUUUUAUGAAAGUUGAAGCGUAUGGAAGACUUAGGGCUGCAUUGUGUUUGGAAUCUUUAUUAUGUCACGAGAUUGAUCUCAAAACUGAACGAAAUCAAUGUGCUUUCGAAUUUCGUCAACUGGACCAACAGCUUCUCACGAAAUUAGAUAAUUUGUCUUUAUAUUAAAACCGGAAAGGUAAAACAUAUAAGAACAAAUAUAUAGAAUUCAAGUACUGAUAUAAUAUAUAGGAGU